AUGACCCAGAAUCAAAAUAGAUCACAAACGGCCGGUUUGUCGGACGUUUUUCAGAACGAUUCUGAGAAGGAUCUUUAUCUGGAGUCGUAUAUGUACACUACAGCAGCAGCCCUCGUUGGAAGCAUUGAUAAAAUAGUAACAGUAACACUUAGAGAGGGUCGUGUCUUUAUUGGGAUUCUUCGAACAUUUGACCAGUUUGCCAACUUGGUGCUCCAAGAUACCGUUGAGAGAAUCUAUAUCGGUGAUGAUAAAUAUGCGGAGGCUCCUCAAGGGGUCUUUUUGAUCAGAGGUGAGAACGUAUCCUUGGUUGGAGAGAUUGACCUUGACCAGCAAGAUAAGGAUUUAGAGAAGAGAUCCCAGAUUCCCUUUCCAGAAGCCCAAAGAAUUCGCAAGGAGCUGGUUGCUGCUAAACAAGCUAAGACGACCAAAGAACGAGAAUUAAUGUUGAGUAAAGGGUUUGAACCCCAGAGUUAG